AAUGAAAAAUGUGCAUUUAAAACCAUAAGAAAAAAAUAAACAAAUAAUUUAAUGUAAAGUUAAAAAAUAAAAUGUUUUGAGGCCCUGCGGAUGAAAGUGGGUCAUAGAUGCAGAAAUAUUUUGAAAACAGCGCCAAGGAUUUUGGCGGUUUUUGCCUCCACGGUUUAAACGACGUCGUAGGAGGUAUAUUCCGAGAAUUCUGUUAACUCGUCGUCGCUAUUCUUCGUCUUCUUCCUUGUGCGACGCGAUCAGGGUUUUGGAAUGCCCAUUUCUCUCGUCGCCAUGGAUUCUCUCGGAAGACUGCAACUCUGCCACCAGACCUUUCAUCUUUCCGUCGAUCACUUCCCGUGGUUCUCAAAACCGGUUUCUUUGCCUUGCUUCGGAACUCGACUGCCGAUGGCGUCGUCGUCGUCGUCGUCGUUCCAAUCGUCAUCCCUUAAACUCUCGUGCUCCUCCGACUCGUUUUCUGAAACUUCGCCACGCCGUCGCCCUUCACUCCCCCAAAUUCUGGACCCUGUUUCUUCGUCAAUUUUCAAAACCUCCUGCCUCACUUUUGCCGCCGCCGCCGCUUUGUUCGUUACGCGGUUUUGCGGUAAACCAGCUAUUGCAGCUCCAAUUCCACCGCCCACGGUGGAGUCCGUGAAGGAACCGACGGAUGGUGAAGCUUUUCGUGAAGAAAAAGAGAGGGUACUUGAAGAACAACUCGUGAACAAUCCCAAUGAUAUUGAAGCUCUGCGGUCACUCAUGGAGGUAAGACUCAGGGCUCGCAAGUUUCCUGAAGCUGUUAACAUCCUUGACCGUUUAAUUGAACUUGAGCCCGACGAUUUGGAAUGGCUGGUGUUGAAGGCCAACGUUUAUAGUCAUGUGGGCAAUUCUGAAUUGGCGAGGAAAGAGUUUGAGAGGAUUUUAGCGAAGGAUCCUUUUCAAGUUGAGGCCUAUCAUGGGCUUGUGAUGUUGACGGAGCCAUCGGAUACUAGUUCAUUGAGGGAAAUUCUGGGUAGGAUUGAAGAAGCACUGGGAAAUUGCAAGAAACAUAAGGCGAAGUCGGAGGAAAGAGAUUUGAAGCUCUUGUUAGCUCAGAUUAAAGUUAUGGAAGGAAGUUACUCUGAAGCACUGAAAGAUUACCAGGAACUUGAGAGGGAGGAACCCAGGGAUUUUAGGCCAUAUUUGUGUCAGGGGAUUCUUUAUACUCUGCUGAGGAAGAACGAUGAGGCCGAGAAGCAAUUUGAGAUAUUUCGGAGGCUGGUUCCAAAGAAUCACCCCUACAAAGAAUAUUUUGAUGAGAACAUGUUCGCAACCAAGCAUUUCGUACAACAGAUUGAGAGGGAUGCGGCGGGUUCAAAUAAUUGAUUGCUCUUUAUUAUGUCUUCAAAACCUUCUGGUUCUUUACUGAUGGUUUUGUUGCUAAAUUGUUUCAAUCUAGCUUCAGUUUUUAUCCUAUUUGGUUGCAAAAUUAGGGAAUAAAAGGUAAAUAUUUUGUUAUUUUUCCCAUGUUAGGGUCUCAGGGAGCUUGAUGAAUCUAGUUGUUUAACUGGAGUUUCUCUUGGGAUCAAUUUUUCACAUUGCACAUGUCUUGGUGUAUUGAAUUGCAUGUGGCUAAUCUAAUCAAAGUACUAUUUGAUGGUUGAAUUUCCUUUCUCCAUCAUGGAUUUUAGCGAGAACGAAUGUAUAAUUUUGAAUCAUGCCAUUAUGUGAGGUACUUUCUACAA